CUGACUUCCUAGCUUCCUUUUACUUGAAACACCCUACCUACGACCUUGCCCAACAAAGCGGCCCAAGUUUUCUAGUCGAGACUGCGAUACUCAGCAUAGUACCCAAACUGCUACAAUCUCUCACAUUUAUAAAUCAUUCCCGUCCGUCCCAUCAGGCUCAUCUCAAACUUGGACUUGGUUGAAGGGGGCCUGGUUGCGACGCCAUGGCUACGGCCGAGACCCCUCUUAUACACAAGGAACCUGUCGCACACGAUUUCGUCGCGAAUUCCCAACAAGACAUAACUGGUAGCCCAGAUAAACCCGAGCACACGAAUAGUAUUGACGAAGUCGCUGGUGGAGUAGCUUUUGAGACGAGCAUCCAUCCCAGCGCAAAGCCCGAUACGAUGAUGAUAGAGCCGGAAAACACAGAAACGGAGCCUGUUAAUGAAGGCGCAGGCACAGGAGAGAUGUCCGCUGAGGUUGCCGGGUUGCCCAAGGCUCUUGAGGAGCCCAGUCACAUCUCUCAGAAAAACCAAGGAGUUACGCCACCAAAGCUUGGCGCUGACAGACCAAUGUCGCCUCCCUCGUCGAGGAAGCGUGGUGCGUCGGAAGCAGGUCUGGAGCAGGAACACGACAGACCCAAGGAGCGGCGGCGGGACUUUUCGCAGGAGGAAAAGAAGCGCGGGCAACGCCUAUUUGGAGGGCUGCUAAGUACCUUGAGCCAGAAACCUCCCGGACGGCGGCAGCCCGUCGAGCGAAAACAGCACGAGAAGACGCAGCAACGCAAGGACGAAGAUAACAGGCGAAAGGCCGAGAUCCAGGAGAAGCUAGCAAAACUCAACCGGAAACGGAAGAUACAGCAGAUCAAGCUCGACGAACAGACUAUGCAUGCCCGUCACGAUGACAUGCUGGCAAAAGCGUAUAGCCUGCGGACAAAAGCUCGGCCACAAUUGUACUACCGUCCAUGGGAACUUACCAGUGAAGAAGAAGACAUAAUCGACGAGCAGGUCCGCGAUGCCAAAAACGACAUAGAACGAGAACUCAGAGAGUUUGAGCGCACCAAACAGCAGAGACUUGAGCAGCUGGGAGUGCAGCUUUCAAACAAGCCCACAGAUGGCAAAGACGACAGAAGAGCCUCAGCGGUCGGUGAGCCUCUUGACACUCAAGUACCUAACUCAACAAGAUCGUCAGAUUCUACUAAUCAUCCCCAUCCCAAACCCGUUGAAAGAGAUCAUGAUGAAGUCGUCGAGACAGAGGAGGACACGGUAAUCUAUUAACUUGGACAGUCCUACUUCGGCCAAGGCUAGCUGCUCUGAUUCUCAUAUUAUAUUUGUAUACCAUGUGUUGAUAAAGAUGAAAGUUGCAAGGAACAAGAGACUGUAAUCCAAGCUUCUGAAGUUGAUCUUGUGAGAGCGUUGUGAGCGGCUGUGUUUUCAAUAUCGCAGCAAUACGCGACGGCUGCAUUACUUUUCUACACUUAAUGUUUACUCGAGCGAGCAGGGUUUCUGAAUCAACUAUCUCGCCAAUUUUACACGCCGACUUUCAACGUUUACUGAGCAAUGAAGGGGCUUAGUUCGUCUAAGAGACAUGGUUAAUGUUUGUCUUUGGUAGCGUGGUGCAGGGUAGCUUACCGGCAUAGUAAU